CAGUCCCACUUUGACCAGUGCUGGAAUCGUGCUUAAAAAAAAUCAACACAAUGAAAUUUUUGGUGGUAGCAGUCCUUGUCAUCAGCGCGGUGUACGCUGAUGAGGAGAAGAAAACUGAGAAACGUGGUCUCUCUGGCCUCGGAUACGGCGGUUUGGGAUACGGCAGUCAUGGCGUUGGCUACGACGGUCUCGGAUACAGUGGUCUCGGCGGAUACAGUGGAGUCGGCUACAGCGGUGGAUACUACCCAGUUAGUAAGGUCGCUUACACGACGGCUCACAACGGCCUCGGAUACGGCGGUUACGGCGGAUACGGCGGAUACUCCGGCCUUGGCGGAUACGGACUCGGAUAUGGCCAUGGUUAUGGACCGGCCGUGAGCUACGCCAACCAAGUCGGAUAUGGCGGCUACGGCGGAUAUGGCGGAUACGGCGGAUACGGUGGACUGGGAUACUACGGACAUCACUAAGCCAUAUCAUAAUUUCUUCACUCCUCGGCGUCGUCAAACGCCUGCUUUUUGAUCUUACAAAAGAACUAUGUAAACAUUACCGUCCGUUUUUAUUUUUUACAAAUCUGUGAUUUUUUUUGUAAAUAUAUCAUACAAAUAAAUAUUUUUAAAAAUA